GUCCUGUUGAAGCUCAGCGUGUUUGAUUUUUGUCUCAAAGCACGAUGUUAGUGAGGGGAGCAGUUCUGCUGCUGCUGCUGGCAGCCUUCGGCUCCAAUGCGGCGCCACCGCCAGCUGAAGACUGCGCUAAUGUGACCAAAAGACUGCCGACAAAAGAUCUGCAUGAGAUUUUUGACCACUGGGUUCUGGUCUGGUCCGUCUCUGACCACGAUGUGGGCCACGGCUUGUUGGCAAAGCUUUCCAGCUCCCACGUAGAGUUCAAACUCGACAAUGACAACAAAACUAUUGACAUCAUCGAAAGAAACAGAUUAGUUGAAAGGGGACAUCAUGACACAUGCACAACCUACUUUACCAAGACGACGAUGCCCUCAGAUGAUGCUGAACACCACACGAUAAAAUCUGAUAACAUCAAAAUUGAAAAGAACGGCAUUCCUCAUGAGUACAACGACAUUGGAGAAAUGGACUUCUAUCAGACCUGCUCCGACUGUCUGCUGAUGAUCUACAAAACCUCAAAGCAACAAUACCUGCUCGUCUACAGGAGGGAGGGGUCACAUCUGGAUGUCGAGCAGCAUAAAGCUGACCACGAUGAUCACAAGAAACUGGCUGAAUGUUUGGGAUUCCCUCACCACCAACCAUUUAUCUACAACGGAAAAGCAGACUUUUGUCACAAAUUAUCAAUUCCAAUAUCUGAAGAAUGCCAGCCUAUAGUCACACCUUUAUCUCUGGAUGACCCGUCUGUGAUUUUUGGCAACUGGGUUCUGGUCUGGUCUGUUUCUGAUCAUGACGAGGGCCACAGCUUGCUGGCAAGCGUCUCCAGCUCCCAUGUGGAGUUCAAAGCCCUCCACGACAACCAAGGUGUUGAGUUCAUUGAGAGGAACAUAUACCUGGGAAGUCAUGACUCUUGUACUGUGUACUAUAGCAACUUGACAAAGGCCACUGGUGAUGCUGACCAAAACACACUGAAAACUUCUUCCAUCAGAAAGGAGACUGAUGGAGUGGUUCAGGAGUACAAUGACACUGGAGUUGUGGACUUCUAUAAGACCUGCGCCGACUGUCUGCUGAUGAAUUACAAAACCUCGACGCACCGAUACCUGCUGUUCUACAAGAAGGAGGGGUCCCAUCAGGAUGUGGAGCAACAUAAAACCCACCAUGAUGAUCACAAGAAGCUGGCCGAGUGUCUACGAUUCCCUCACCACCAACCAUUUAUCUACAAUGGAAAAGCAGAUUUCUGCCACAAGAAGUCUGCACCAGAGGCAAACCCUGAACAGUUCAUAAAUUAUAAAGAUGCAUACAAUUACACUUACAGAAGUAAGGAGUACUUGCAGGAGGAUCAAUCCUCACAAGGCAACUGGCCCGAACAACAUCCAGGGGAAGAUGCUGAACGACUGUGCCGAUCAGCUCUGCGAGGUCUGUGGAGCUGUCCAGUGCAUCCAGACCAUCUCAACUCCUUCUACGCCCGGUUUGAUGCAAACAACACCACACACAUGACCAGACCACAUGUGGACAGUGAGGACACCACACUUUGUUUAGACACUGCUACAUCUAUUGUGUCCACCAUCUUCAAGACCUCCACUGUUGUCCCCAUCCCAAAGACCUCUGCAGCAUUGUGGGCCGAGAUGGUUCCUGUAGAAGCUGUGUGUGUUUGUUUUUCAUCUCGACGCACGAUGAGUUUAGUGAAGGGAGCAGUUCUGCUGCUGCUGCUGGCAGCCUGCAAAGCGGUGCCACCGCCGCCGGCUGAAGACUGCGCUAAUGUGACCAAAAGACUGCCGACAAAAGAUCUGCAUGAGAUUUUCGACCACUGGGUUCUGGUCUGGUCCGUCUCUGACCACGAUGUGGGCCACGACUUGUUGGCAAAGCUUUCCAGCUCCCACGUAGAGUUCAAACUCAACAAUGACAACAAAACUAUUGACUACAAUGAGAGACAUCGAUUCGUGGGACAUCAUGACACAUGCACUACCUACUUUAACAAGAUGGCGAUGCCCUCAGAUGAUGCUGAACACCACUCGAUAAAAUCUGAUACCAUCAAAUUUGAAAAGAACGGCAUUCCUCAUGAGUUCAAUGAUACUGGAGCCGUUGACUUCUAUCAGACCUGCUCCGACUGUCUGCUGAUGAUCUACAAAACCUCAGCGGAACGAUACCUGCUCGUCUACAGGAGGGAGGGGUCACAUCUGGAUGUCGAGCAGCAUAAAGCUGACCACGAUGAUCACAAGAAACUGGCUGAAUGUUUGGGAUUCCCUCACCACCAACCAUUUAUCUACAACGGAAAAGCAGACUUUUGUCACAAAUUAUCAAUUCCGAUAUCUGAAGAAUGCCAGCCUAUAGUCACACCUUUAUUUCUGGAUGACCCGUCUGUGAUUUUCGGUGACUGGGUUCUGGUCUGGUCUGUUUCUGACGAUGACGAGGGCCACAGCUUGCUGGCAAGGAUCUCCAGCAUCCAUGUGGAGUUCAAAGCCCUCCACGUCAGCCAAGGUGUUGAGUUCAUUGAGAGGAACGUAUACCUGGGAAGUCAUGACUCUUGUACUGUGUACUAUAGCAACAUGACAAAGGCCACUGGUGAUGCUGACCAAAACACACUGAAAACUUCUUCCAUCAGAAAAGUGACACAUGGAGUGGUUCAGGAGUUUGAUGACACCGGAGUCGUGCAUUUCUAUAAGUCCUGCUCCGACUGUCUGCUGAUGACCUACAAAACCUCGACGCACCGAUACCUGCUGAUCUUCAAGAAGGAGGGGUCCCAUCAGGAUGUGGAGCAGAAUAAAACCCACCAUGAUGAUCACAAGAAACUGGCUGAGUGUCUACGAUUCCCUCACCACCAACCAUUUAUCUACAAUGGAAAAGCAGAUUUCUGCCACAAGAAGUCUGCACCAGAGGCAAACCCUGAACAGUCCUGA